GCAGAUUUCUAAACAUUAGCUGCCUUCCCGAGGCCGACGUGUGCGAGUCGACGGAGGGCUGGGAUUUGAUAUUAAGCUGAAAUUAAGCUGCAAUAUUGACAUAUUUUGUCAUAACAAUUCUCACCGAGCUGUCGUCUACCUGUAAGGAUGUCCACUCCAGCCCGAAGAAGGCUCAUGAGGGAUUUUAAAAGACUUCAGGAGGAUCCCCCUGCCGGUGUCAGCGGUGCCCCAUCAGAGAAUAAUAUCAUGGUGUGGAACGCGGUUAUAUUUGGACCAGAGGGCACGCCCUUUGAAGAUGGUACAUUCAAGCUGACUGUCGAGUUCACUGAGGAAUACCCCAAUAAACCACCCACAGUCCGAUUCACCUCCAAGAUGUUUCAUCCUAAUGUUUACGCAGAUGGAAGCAUAUGUCUCGAUAUUCUGCAAAAUCGCUGGAGUCCGACUUAUGACGUUUCAUCAAUUCUCACCUCAAUCCAGUCUUUGCUUGAUGAACCCAAUCCCAACAGUCCAGCAAACAGCCAAGCAGCCCAGCUCUACCAGGAGAACAAGCGCGAGUACGAGAAGCGUGUAUCAGCCAUCGUUGAGCAGAGCUGGAGGGACAGUUGACCUGUGAACUCUGUGUGGUUAUAGUUUAACCGAGUGAAUUGUGAAGCAUCUCGUUCCACCCACCUGUCCUGUCCUCUUUCUUUUUCUUUCUCUCACUCGCUCCAUCCAAUAUAGAGCUCAAAUGCACUUUAAUCUGCUUCCUCACCCACUCUACCCAUAUUCUCCUCCUUUGGAGGACUCGCGCUGUCCUAUUGACCAUCUGGCCUCACUGUCCAAUACGUAACCAAAUACACUGGCCUUUUGCCAUGGGAACCUGGAGUAAACAAUGUUCUAUUCAAGGGGCCUUUUUUUAAGAAGUGGAGUCAAAUUCCAUGGACUGACAUGGUACUGGCCUGACGUUGUUGCAUUUGACCGUGCCUGGUUUGGAACUGACCUAUCACACAAUUAUGCUGUAUCGUGUGCUGUUACAUGCCCGGAUGUGUGAUUUUAUAUUCCAUGAUGUGUUGUAAACCUGCCUCUCAUGUACCAUAUUGUAAGAAUACACUUUGACGUUCAUGUG